AUGAAAAACUGUAACAAUAAAAUUGGUGAUGAAGGUGCAUAAAGCUUAAGUUCUGCUUUAGCAAAUUGCAUUAAUCUCUCAAAGUUGAAACUUUACCUUCAUGACAAUUAAAUUGGUAAUGAAGGUGCAUCAGGCUUAGGUUCUGCUUUAGCAAAUUGCAUUAAUCUCUCAAAUUUGACACUUGACCUUUGUGACAAUUAAAUAGGUGAUGAAGGUGCAUCAGGCUUAUUUUCUGCUUUAGCAAAUUGCAUUAAUCUCUCAAAUUUGACACUUAACCUUUAUAACAAUAAAAUUGGUGAUGAAGGUGCAUAAAGCUUAAGUUCUGCUUUAGCAAAUUGCAUUAAUCUCUCAAAUUUGACACUUGACCUUCGUAACAAUUAAAUAGGUGAUGAAGGUGCAUCAGGCUUAGGUUCUGCUUUAGCUAAUCGCAUUAAUCUCUCAAAUUUGAAACUUUACCUUAGUGAAAAUUAAAUUGGUGAUGAAGGUGCGUCAGGCUUAGGUUCUGGUUUAGCAAAUUGCAUUAAUCUCUCAAAUUUGACACUUAACCUUUAUGACAAUUAAAUUGGUAAUGAAGGUGCAUCAGGCUUAUGUUCUGCUUUAGCAAAUUGCAUUAAUCUCUCAAAUUUGAGACUUGACCUUCGUUUCAAUGAAAUUGGUGAUGAAGGUGCAUCAGGCUUAGGUUCUGCUUUAGCAAAUUGUAUUAAUCUCUCAAAUUUGACACUUUACCUUAGUUAAAACUCAAUGAAUGGAUCAUAAAAAUUCAAAGUAAUAAGCAAGUGUCGUAAAUCAAAAAGAUUAGUUGUCUUUAAUUACUAUUGA